AGGCAUGUUUGUGUGCAUUAAAGGUUGACAUAAAUCGUCUCCUCCCAUCGUUUCACUCAAUGGUUUUACCCGAGCAGGUGUGAUGCUGAGCAGAAGCGCUCGGUGUAGUUACAGUACUUGAGAAUCAGCACACGAGAGUUUAAGGGGACGCCAGCACUACGAAACGCUAAAUGGGUGCGCUUGAGUUAACAAAAAAUUCUCAACAAUUCUGCAUGUGUUCCGACAUCCAGAUCCAAACUACUUGAACGACUUGACAUUUAUAAGACAUUUUGUAGAGUUGACAUGAAUAAUACGUUUAACCAAACGGAGAGCGGGAUCUUCUCCAAUCGGACCGAGGAGAUCCUCAUGUGCUGUAACUUGUCGUCGGUGGUGACGGAUAAUGGCUUCACGGGGAGCGCACCGGACGAGAGGAGUCUAUUCAUCAUGAGAAUAGUUCAGAUCGCAGUGAUGUGUGUACUGUCCCUCACCGUAGUCUUCGGGAUCUUUUUCCUGGGCUGUAACUUGCUGAUCAAGUCGGAGGGGAUGAUCAACUUUCUGGUAACGGACCGGAGACCAUCCAAAGAAGUGGAAGCGGUCAUCGUCGGUGCGUACUAGAUAUAACAGGAUUAUUUUGCCUACUGCCAGAUAUAACAAUGGACAAUGAGUUUUUGGACCACCUGAUGCACAUAUUUGUGAUGGGUUCUUUAUAGGACACAGUGUUAAAUGACUGGAUGAGAAGUCGGUGGAGAUAAACUGAACGCACCGUCUCCAUUUUGCGCACAACCCUUUUCAUCGUUACUUGUAACCGCCGUCGUUUAUAGGGAAUGAACCACCCAAAAUCCCACAUGACAUACAGUCAUGAAGUCUUAUUUUGCCAUUGAAAUAUUUCUUUGUGCAAAACCAGGAGAAGGAAAUGUGACUCGUUUGUGGUUUUGUCGAAGUUAUGGACCUGUAAAGCACAAUGCGAACUCAGCAUGGACUGAUUCUAUGUCUUGUAAAAGGUAUCAUGUUUAUUAUAAUAAAUUCAUAAUCAAAUAAAUAAUAUU